GCAGGAGGUUCGAGCUUGUAGGAGCCAUUCCGCAGUCUAUUCUACGAACGCUGCACAGGCAAACGAAGGAGGUUGGUCGACCGUACGCACACAGCGCUAAGCCAUCAUCGUGCAACGAACGCCUGUCUUCCACAAGACACUUGGGACAACUCCAAGGGACAGCCUCUAACGUGACGACCGUUGACCGACAUCCGCAAAUCAGCGACUUUUCUGCGUAGCAAGCGACGCCUCACCCGAUCACAGCGCGGGCAGCAAAUGGACAAACGCGACGUUCGGCCUCGGCCUCACCGCGACAGCACCGGGGCGUGUCGCUUCGACCUGAGAAGGCGCUGUACUAGGAGCGACAGCGCCCCGGUCUGCCAGCUCCUGUGGCGCCUCGAGGCGUGCAACCAGCUUCUCUCCCACAUCGGGUUCCAGCUGCGCGAGGAAGAGGAAGACUGCAUCGGCGAGCUCCGGCUGGUCCUGACCCCGCGUCAGGUGACCGUGCACCCGUGGAGGGCUCCCAUGAGGUUCGGCGCUCGCAGCCGCGCGGCCACGGAUCUCUUUCGGCACCUGUGCGAGGCGCACAGGUGCGUCACGUUGGUCGAGCUCGACUACGACGUCGCCAGGUACGAGGUGCUGCUGGCCGCCAUCAAAGAGAGCGUGGGCGUGAAGCGGAUGCGCGUCUACGACUUUCACGACAUCCCGCGGGAUAACCCGGGCCUCUUCGACGUCAUCCUGGAGCUGGUCACGUCGAUGGAGCGCGUGGACGAGCUGGAGUUUCGCAAGCGGCACCACCACUCCAUCGACAGCGUGCCCUUGCCUCCGUUCUCUCUCAGCCGAGUAGGGGGCACCACUCUCAGGAAGCUCAACGUGGCCGACCUGAACCUGAGGGACUCCGAGGUCUCCAAGCUGAUCACGCUGCUCAUGUGCAACGACACCGUGACGGAGCUCGCCGUCGGGACAUCGGUGUGCACGUUCGCGGGCACGGAGACGUCACUGGGCUUCGCCGAUUACCUGGCCAAGGCCAAGGGCACCCUGCGCAGCCUCACCCUCAGAUCGGUCGGUUUCUGCAGCGCCCCCGACAUGGAGAGGCUCGUCAACACCAUCGCCGCCAUGACGGCGCUCGAACAGCUGGUCGUGGACAUGGUGCCCUGCGGCAGUGAGGGCACCGACAUCUUCGCCGAGGUGCUCGCGUGGAGCACCACCCUGCGCCACCUGAGCGUCGUCCUGCCCCCGUGGUGGGACCGGUCCAUGUUCUACGACGUCUUCGACGAGCCGGACAACCGCUUUCGCUGCGUUCGACGCUGGCUGACGGGGCUGGCCAAGACCACCGUGCUCGAGACCCUGACGCUGGACCUGCUCGGCUUUCACCUGGACGAGUGCCGCAUGCUGUUCCGGGCCCUGGCGGAGAACGCGAGCGUCAGGCGGGUGACCGUGCACCGACUCAUCGAGUGGGGCUGCGUCGAGAGCGCGUGCCGCAUGAUCCGAGAGUACGGCCUGUCGGAGCGAGUGCUCAUCAAGGACCACAACAUGAGCCCCAACAGCAUGUCCAAGCUGCCCGCGUGUCCGGAAGUCAAGGCCGUCACCGUCUACUCGCACUGGUUCCGGGCCGCGUCCUGCAACAUUCGCGCGGCCUUUCGCGUCCUGGGCGCGUGCGGCCACCUCACCUCACUGCGGGUCCACCUCAGCGACCACACCUUCAAUUACUCGGUGCUCAACGCCCUGGCCUCGUACCUGGCCGGUCCCAACCAGCUCAGGGAAGUCGAGGUGCACUUCUACGCCAGCCUGUUCAACGAGCUGAACAUGCCGCACGACAGCAGCGAGAGUCCCCUGAUCAAGGCCGUGUCGUCCAAGCCAAACUUGAGCAAGCUCACGCUGCGCCAGCUGCGGCUGAGCGAGGCGGACUGCCGGCUGCUCGCCGACAGCGUUCGGCGCAGUCGGAGUCUUCGCGAUCUGACGCUCUCGGCGGCCAACAGCGGUCACUUCCUGAGGCUCUUCGCGCCGUCGGCGGCGAGGAAUUACACCUUGCUCAACGUCUGCCUCAGCAACAUCGACGGGAGCGACGAGGAGAUGAAGGCCGUGGUGGACGUCGCCAGGCGCAACCGCAGCCUCGUGGCACGAGCCGCCCGCUUCGUGCUCGAUGACGACCGGUCCAUCUACUGCGCGAGCGCCAUCGAGUUGGUGCUGCGACACCCCAAGCUCGCGGAGACGUUGCAGGACAAAGCGGCAGUCGGAGAGAGUCGAGCCAAGGAGAUGAUCCGGCGCGCCCUGGAUAGCAUUUCCGGCCUGGACGCGUACAUGACGGCCGUCCGCGUAGUGAAGGACAGGGUGGAGUGCUGCAGCCUGCCGGACGCCGGCGUUCAGCUCGACCAGCUGAAUCACGACUGUUGGCUGCACAUCAGGCAGUACCUCAAGGUGGCGGACGUUUUGCAGGUUGGACAUCCGCUCUGAGGAGCCGCUCAACAAUACACACACUCGGGUUCUGACCGCGACGUCUGUGGCCGUCUUCUUGUUCCUAUCUUAAAAUGCGUAACCAUUUUACGUGCACGGUUCUAUCAUAUGGGAACUCCCAACAGAGAGAAUGUGCGUUCUGCAAAUUGGCUACAAAAUAUACUUUAAGAUGUGUCGGUGGAAGGGGGCAGUGGUGCAGACAUAUUUUUUGGGGGUGGACGCAGUAUGUCCCCCCCCACAAACACGCACUGAUACGCCCAUCGAACGGACGGGAUGGGCACGCACAUCUGCCAUUUCCGGCGAGGAGCCGAGUCGUCUUCAAGGCAGUUAAGAUUAAACGGUUUACUACAAGUGGAGGCAUAUAGUUUUUGUAACGGCAAUGACAUUCACACUUCCUUUUUUCACCAU